GCACUUCCUGUAUGGACAAGUGAGCGCAGUCUGCCGUUGCUAGGCAACAAGGGACACUGGCGGCAGCCCGCCUCUGGUCACAUCACUGAUCCCGCCCCGAUGCUAUUGGUUGGCCGGCCCUCGCGCCCGUGCAGUGCUGGACUGGGCCACACCAUCUUCUUCUCCGCUCCUGAGACCCGAAUAACACCUGGGGAGUCCGCGGCGGGACAGGAACCAGGCAGCCAUGGCGGAGCCAAGGAAGGAGCAAGAGGAAGUGCAAGAUGGAGUGGGCACCAAACUGGACGCAGGUCGCAGCACUUCCAGGCCAAACAUGGGCCUUGCAAUCCUCCAAGAGCGCUCCUUCGAUAUCAACUUUGAAGUUGGGGACGAGUACGAGAUCAUCGAAACCAUCGGUGUCGGCGCUUACGGUGUGGUGUCGUCCGCCAGGCGGAAAGGCUCCGGUCAAAGGGUCGCCAUUAAGAAAAUCCCCAACGCCUUUGAUGUGGUUACCAACGCGAAACGCACCCUGAGAGAACUUAAAAUACUGAAGCACUUCAAACAUGACAAUGUUAUUGCCAUUAAGGACAUCUUAAAACCAUCUGUGCCUUACAACGACUUCAGAUCUGUAUAUGUGGUACUGGAUCUCAUGGAGAGUGAUUUGCACCAAAUCAUCCACUCCUCACAGCCACUAACCCUUGAGCACGCCCGCUAUUUCCUCUAUCAGCUACUGCGUGGCUUGAAAUACAUCCACUCGGCCAAUGUUUUGCACCGGGAUCUGAAGCCCAGCAACCUUCUUAUUAAUGAGAACUGUGAGCUGAAGAUUGGAGACUUUGGAAUGGCUCGUGGUCUCUGCACCAAGCCUGAUGAGUACAAGUAUUUCAUGACAGAGUAUGUGGCCACUCGGUGGUAUCGGGCUCCUGAACUUAUGUUGUCUCUCCAUGAGUACACGCAGGCCAUUGACAUGUGGUCUGUGGGGUGCAUAUUUGCUGAAAUGUUGGGACGUAAACCUCUUUUUCCUGGCAACAACUACCUUCACCAGCUGCAUCUCAUCAUGACUGUACUGGGCACACCCUCCAGUCAGGUGAUCCGAGCUAUUGGGGCAGAGAGAGUAAGGGCAUAUAUCCAGAGUCUUCCUUCGCGCCAGCCAGUGCCUUGGGCAACUCUUUACCCCCAAGCUGGCAAGAAGGCUCUGGAUCUGCUUUCAAAAAUGCUACGUUUUGACACACGCGACCGUAUUUCUGUGGCAGAAGCACUCAGGCACCCGUUCCUGUCCAAAUAUCAUGACCCUGACGAUGAACCAGAAUGUAUCCCGGCCUUUGACUUUGGCUUUGAUAAAAAUAUUCUUACAAAGGACCAAAUAAAAGAGGCUAUCACCACAGAGAUUGACAGCUUUCACCGUAGAAGGGAGGGCAUACGACGGCAGAUAAGCUUUAAGCCAGCACUGAGACCAGCUGUGGAAGGGCCUAGGGAGGAUGGACCUAUUCAAGAAGAUGCUUUCAAAUCACCACCUCUACCCCCGGCUGUUCAGGGAUUGGAUAUAGACAUGCCAAGUGCCAAUUCGGCUCGGGAGAAGGCUGAUUUUCCCAUGGAGUCUCCCCGAGUUCCAGAGAACACAGAGACCAUUGAUCUCACCUCCCCCGUGGAGGAUGAAGAGGCAGUGGUACAGGGUGAUGAUAACAAAGCCAGAGAAGAAACACCAGUGGUCAAAGCUGAGCCGGAGCCUUUGCCAAAGCGAGAGGGAGCUAUAUCCGAGGAUACUAAAGCAGCGCUAAAGGCUGCUCUCUUGAAGUCUGCUUUACGGAACAAGAGCAAAGAUGCGCCCUGUUCUGUUCCUGAGGUGCCUGACAUACGGAAACCAGUCACAGCUCAGGAGCGCCAGCGGGAGAGGGAGGAGAAACGGAGGAGGCGCCAGGAACGUGCCAGGGAGAGGGAAAAGAAGCAGAAAGAGAAGGAGCGGCGGGAAGUGAAGAAAAUGGAAGGCUUUGGAGGUCUAGUGCUGAGCGAGAACGAUAAGAAUUUGUUGGACCGUUGGAGUAGAAUGGUUGACCAGACCCAGCAGCCUGUUGUUCCUCCUGCUCCGAUAACAGGGCCCAGUCAUGCCCCCUGCACCAAUCAAGCUGUUAAUAUUUGCACUGUGGCUCAGCCGCUGCAGCCGUCCGUGUUUGGUGUGGCAAACUUAGCUCCUCUUAUAGAGGUUGGGAGUCAACAGAACGGUACUCUUGCUGCCCCAACGGUACCUCCUACCAUCCAGUUUAUUCCUAGGUGUCUGAACCCUUGCGCAGUGACCAACCUGCUCCAUUAUGUACCUCCCUCCUCUGCAAGCUUUCAGAUUAGUUCCGUUAUGCUGACCACCCAAGCAAAGCAGGACUCCAGUUCGAUAUCUGCCCAGCUGCCCACCGAUGUCUCAUUCAUUAGCAGACCAAUCGUGACCAAUCGUUUUACCACUCCCGCAAGAAUCAAUCCACCUUGGCCCCGGUCUGUAGCUCAGGAGGGCUGGUCCGGGACGAAUACUGUUGAUUGCAAGAGUGUGGAUCCUUCCCUCUUUCUCCACAAGCCUGCUGACCAGCCGCAGGGAGUUCCUGGACUUGCAUAUUCAAAUGGAGCCAACGGCCACAAUCCAGAACAGCACAAACCUCAAAGUUUCCAACCUCUUCCGCCUACGUCCUGUAGCACCGCCAACACCUCACAGACAACCUCUCCAGACAUCAACUUGGUGACUCAGCAGCUUUCUAAAUCCCAGGUUGAAGACAUUCUCCCUCCAGUUUUUUCGGUCACCCCAAAAGGAAGUGGAGCUGGCUACGGAGUAGGCUUUGAUCUGGAAGAAUUUCUUAAUCAGUCCUUUGAUAUGGCAGCAGAGAACCGUGAAAGCCAAGUGGACUCCGCCCCGCUUUCUGCUUCCCUACUGGCCGACUGGCUCGACAUUCACAGCAUGAACCCGGUAGACAUGGCCUCCCUGCAGGAGGAUCUGCAGCUCGGCUCUCCGAUGAGUCUCUCCGACAUCCCUGACCUGCAGGAUACCUAACGGGGCAAACACAAGUAACUCUGCACUUUCCAUCACUUUGUUGGAUGCUUAUAGCAACCCCAAGAGAGGAUGUAUAUUUGGGCCAAUCAGACUGCGUCUUCCUCAACAAAUAGAUGCUCCCAAAGGACUUGCCAGUGUUUGUAAUUUCAUAGUGCCAAGAUCAAACUGUCCGUUCGUAACCCAGUCAAUGUUAGUACAGGCAUGGGGCCGGUUAUACUGAAUGCUCUGGACCUGGUGUUUUCCGGAUAAGGAAUCUUUGGAUCUUCAUACCUUCUUACUAGAAAAUCAUGUAAACAUUAAACCCAAUAGUCUGGUUUUGCCUCCAUUAAGGAUUAAUUAGAUCUUGGUUGGGAUCAAGUACAAGCUACUGUUUUAUUAUUACACAGAAAAAGGAAACCAUUUUAAAAAAUGUGGAUAAAAUGAAGUAUAUGGGAGAUGGCCUUUCUGUAAUUUGGAGCUUUCUGGAUACUGGGUUUCCAGAUCACGGAUCCCAUACCUGUAUUGGAUAUAAGUGAAACAGAACAAUUGUAAGACACUGCAAUAAAAGUGUCUGUUCUUUCUCUACAUUGGUUAGAUCUGCCCGCAUGUUACACGUAUUGGAGAAGGGAAGAUGCUCUUGUCCAGCCCACUCCACAUUUCUGAAUUUUAUUACUUGGGACUGGCCUAACAUCCUAUAAUCACAACACCUGCCAUGAAUCCAGUCAAUGUCCAUGCACCUCAUCCUUAUGUCUCCCACUUGGAAUCGUGGGAGGAGGAGCAAACUGUACCAGUGCAUGUGGUGCACUCAAUCUACCUGAUGAACCAUACGUUAAAGGGUUACUUUGCAUGAUAUGAUGUAUAAUAUGCACUUUUUAGUAAAGAACAUACUU